AAGCUCUCAUAAUCCCACAAACUAUCAUCGUGGACGAGAAAGGCCAAAGGGUGAAGCUAGCCUGCGUGAACUGGCCGGCUCAUCUCCAGCCCGCUGUGGCUGAAGGGCUAAGCAAACAACCAUUAGACUCCAUCUCCAAGAAGAUUGUCUCAAUGGGAUUUAACUGCGUUAGGCUCACUUGGCCUCUUGAUUUGAUGACUAAUGACACAUUGGCUCUUAAAGUUACCGUCAAACAGUCUUUUGAAAGGUUGAAUCUGCUUGAUGAUGUUCUUGGCAUUCAAACUCACAAUCCCAAAAUCCUUAACCUCCCCAUAUUCAAUGCAUUCCAGGAAGUGGUGUCGAACCUUGGACAAAACGGAGUAAUGGUGAUACUAGACAACCACUUGACAACGCCAGGAUGGUGUUGCAGCGACAACGACCUCGACGCUUUCUUCGAAUACCCUAACUUUGAUCCCGCCGUCUGGGCCAAGGGAUUGAGCAAGAUGGCUUCUCUUUUCCGCAAUGUCACUAAUGUCGUUGGCAUGAGCCUUAGAAACGAACCACGUGGUACCAGAGAUUACCCUAACCUCUGGUUCAAGUACAUGCCAAAAGGAGGAGAAGCAGUACAC